AUGGGCUCUAAAUCAUCCUUCAUCCGCGACAUGCGCAAACGUCUCUCCCUCAACGAGAUGGAAACGACAAGAAGAGCCCAUCUCUUCGUUGCGCGGAAUACCACCCUUCCUGCCAAUGUCAGGCAUCGGGCACAGUUGGCGCUGAACAAUCUGAAUGGCGGAGAGGGGAGAAGAGGGGCUGUUAAGGCGAGAUGCGUGGAGACUGGGCGUGGGCGAGGUAUAAUGAGCCAAUUUGGCCUGUGUCGAUUCCAAUUUCGCUUGAAAGCGCUCAGCGGAGAGAUUCCAGGCGUACACAAAUCCACCUGGUAG